AACCCAGCAGACACAUCAGGAAGGCUCUAUGAACUUGUGAGGUCCAGCACAAGGAGCUGUCGGUCACUUUACUCUGAGAACCAAGAAGACUCAUCUAGAAGGGCCUCUGCUAAACUGGAAAUAAAGUGGAAAGUGUAGGCCACGAAAUGGCAUCCCAGAUCCCAGCACUCCCACAGUCCUACACUCCAGGGACUGACAGCGUCUUUUCUGACCAGUCUGGCUUUUACUCUCUGGACUCCAACGUACCUGGGCUCUCUAAGGUGAUUCUCAACAAGCUCAACUUAAAGGACUACAGAGAAUACAGGACUGCACUUGAGGGGAAGGCUAAAGGAAUCUCAUUCCGCAACUACAAAGAGAUGUUCCAGAAGAUGGAGGAAACCUUCAAGUUCUGCACCGGCUGCAACAAACUCCCCGAACACCUCGCUGAGGGACAGACCCUGAAACGCUGUGUGAAGUGUUUGAAUGUGUACUACUGCACUAAGGACUGUCAAAAAAAGGACUGGCCUCAGCAUAAAAAAGUUUGCAAGAUAUUGCGACUGGUGGCGAUUGAUAGAUUAGUGGAGUGGCUAAUGUUCACAGGAGACCUUCCCUUUCCUACCGAGAAGUGGUCCAAGUCAGCUGGUGAGGUGAAGAACUGGGAUGACUGGCUUUCCAUGCAGGGGGACCUCACACCACGCCUGGACACCAUCUUGUCUGGUGCCAACAUGGCAACCCUUUGGAAAAACGCCUGUAGUCCACGACCAGAUGAUGCUGACCUGCGACAAUCCUUAUGGCGAAUUCAGAGCGAGUUCCUCUCUCGAGUUCUCACAGUGGGUAUGGCUGUCCAAUACUUUAAGCUGGACCCUUAUGCCAGACCACUCACUAUUCACCUAGCAGGGGCAUCGCACAAUGAGACCAUGGGCGCCAGACUGACUGACUUUGAUGAGCUGAACCGCAUGUUCCCUGGUCACCAGGGCAUAGAGGUAGUGAUGGUGGGACCUGAGGUGGUAGACGGCCCCAUCAUGAGACCUCCUCUCAGGGCGUUUGGCCCCAGGCAGAGAGUCUACAUCAGUGCCUACAAGGGCCUCUACCACCAGUUCUGGGAGGAGCUGGUGGAGAAGGAGGAAGCAGCCAAGCCAGACCUGGUGGUUGUAUUUCAUCCUGGGUUCCACGCUAACCAGGGUCUGGUAGAGGGCUGGCUACCCACUCUUCUGCUGCUCAGAGACUAUAACAUCCCUUCCUUCUUCACCAUGUUCAGUGAGAUGGAGCUCAAGCACUCGCUGCAGAUUCUGCUGGAGCUGGAGAUGCACAUCAGGGACAGUGGACCCAAUCCAUUCACCUCACAGAAACCAGAGCAGGUCCAAGCCUGUCCUAACAAACCCCCAGUCUACUGCAACUCUCAUUACACCUGCUUCCAGGGACUGCUACCACAAGAAGACCUUGAGGGCCGAGGUGCCCAUGAAGGUAAAUAAAGGCUUGUUUGAGCUUUAAAGAAGAAGCUGAUUUGUGGGCUUCCUGAAGUCAUUGGGGGAUUUUCUGCAACCUGUCACUGAAUAAUAUUUUUGGCAUGAGGCGAGGAAAAAUUCAACUUCACUCCUUCCAUAGUGUGUACUAACACUAUCCUUUAGUUCUGAUAUAUUUAAUAAACAAGAUUUCAGCAUUUUUUGGGACAAUAGCACCAGGGAAUCUCAGAGGUUUCUACUCUGUUAAUUGCCCGGGGUGGCAUGACUGUUGGAUAUAAAAAGUCGCUUUUGUUCAUACAUUAUGAGACCAAAAUGUGUUCAGUCAUCACUUGUUGACUUCCUGUGAUUUGUUCUGUUGCUAGAGCAAUUCCCAAAUAUCACACUGGCUGCAGAUGCAUAUGAAUUUGCCAUACAAGCUCAACUGAAGCCUAAAUGAAUGAUAGUGUGACACAGAGGCUGAGUUUCCUUUAAGAUUCAUGAUGAUUGUUAGUUUUUCUACU